AUGGCUGAAGAAAUUGACUUUAACGAUGCCCUCGACAGUAUAGUGUUAAUUGAAAAUUCUUUAUGCAAGGAAAGUUACGACGAAGGAUACAAAAUUGGUUAUGAAGCUGGAAAUCCUGAAGGUUAUCAUUUAGGCUACCACAGAGGUGCUGAACUGGGUAGAAAAUUAGGAUACUACUUUGGCGUUGUUACGAAGCACAUAGAAAACAAAGAUUCUCUGUCUAUCCCUGAAAAAGUUUUGAAGCAGUUGGAAAAAGUACGAGAUUUAAUAAACUCAUUUCCACAGACAAAUUCAGAGGAUCAUGAUAUUCUGAAUUUGGCAGAGAACAUACGAGCCCAGUAUAAGAGAGCUUGUGCAUUACUAAGGAUUCCAUCUAGUAAUCCUUAUGACACUGAAGUUUCUUUUUAA